UAUAUCAAAACUAGUAUCGUGAAUGAAGGCUUGAAUGCACAUCCGACCUAAGGGUACAUCCUGCUCUCAUUGUGAUUAAUGACUCUAAAUUCAAAUUUCGAAAAAAUUCAAGACACGCAUAAAUACUUAGUCAUAAAUACUUAGAACAGUGACGGACGCAUUUCAAUCGCUCGAUAUCCUUCCUAAGAAACCAUCCAACAAUGUGGUGGUUUUGGCUCUUGGGGUGGCUUCUUACCAUAGUCACUGUAAUUGGAAAUGGAACCGUGAUUUCCUUGAUCAUUGGCAUUCAUCGUUUACACAACACAGCCAACUGGUUAGUGCUUGCCCUUGCCUUCGCAGACUUGUUCGUUGGACUUACGUUUUUUCCUUUACUCUUCGCCAUGAAGAUAGACAGCCUGAACGAUCCCGACCACGAAAAUGUGGAUCCGUUCUUCUUGGUAUCUAGGACAUUCCUUUAUUUCUCGGCUACAAAUCUGUUCGUGAUGAUCGUGGACCGAUACUUCGCAAUUGUUCAUCCAUUGAGGUAUUUGUCGAUAAUGUCGCCAAAGGUGAUCAAAAUUGCUAUCACAAUGGCGUGGAUUUUACCAGCGGCAUUAUUUACCUUGCCCAGAGGCCUACACGUGCGAAAUAGAUAUCUACUUGUUUUUAGAGUUUUUGUCUUCCAAGUUGUUACAGCAAUUGUAUUUGUAUUCGUCGCUUGUCGAAUAUUCUGCAUCCUACGCAAGAUUUCGGAAAGGAGAUCAAAGAUUUUUGCCCAACUCCGUUUUAACCACGCGCCAAAAUAUUCACCUACUGUGCUUAGAUCGAGCAAAGAGAGCAAAGCUGCUGCCAAAAUGACAAUGGCAAUCAUGUUUCUCUUUAUUAUCUGCUACGUCUUCGAGAACUACAAGUGUGUAUGCUUUGUGUUCGAGUUAUGUGAAACCACAGCAUCUCUUGAUAUAGCCAUUGAUUUGCUAUUUUUGAUCAACUCUGCCUCAAACCCAAUAGUGUACGCUUUUCUGAAGAGAGAUGUAAGAGCUGCCUUUCAGAGUCUGUUGGCGCGUAGGAAAGUUCACGUUCAAAACAUUUCAACUGGAAGAGAAAUGACUUCAAGCACGCCCAGCUAGAUGGAGAAAGAAGAGAUGAGUAGAAGCCUUGUAAAAAGAUCUUCUCCUAUCAACUGAAAAAAUACGCUGUCUGACUACAGUCUGUGAGAGAUUUCUCAAAAAGACGAACGCUGUUACACCCAAGAUCCGAUUUGUAAGAUUCCAAUCAGCUCAUUUUCAUUGCUUUGUAAAUUGUUAAACUAAACAGAGUUCUGGACACGGAGUGUUUCAUGGAUGAUGUAUCCAUUAAUACGUGGAGUCAAAUACUAGCAACCUCUGAGAGUUGAAAGGUUAAAAAUCCUAAAAACUGGGCCAUCCGGUUCAUUGAAAGAUUAACAGUUUAAUAUGUACAUGUAAAAAAUGAAUUGAUCAAUGAACCGAUGAACAAAUAAAUAAACUGUUGAAAAUGUUACGAAA